GGCGUCCGGACCGCGGUCCGGGGGUUGCUGGGAAGAUGGCGGACUCGGUGGCCUGCCGAUGAGGAGGCCGCGGGGGGAGCCCGGCUCCCGGGCCCCGAGACCGACUGAGGGAGCGACCUGCGCGGGGCCUGGGGAGCCAUGGUCUCCACCCAACUCCAUGCUUCGAGUCCUGCUCUCUGCCCAGGCCUCUGCUGCUCGGCUGUCUGGCCUGCUGCUGCUCCCGCCAGUACAGCCCUGCUGUCUGGGGCCCAGCAAGUGGGGGGACCGGCCUCCUGGAGGAGGCCUCCAUGCAGGCCCUGUGCAGGGGCUACAGCGGCUUCUGGAACAGGCGAGGAGCCCUGGGGAGCUGCUGCGUUGGCUGGGCCAGAACCCCACCAAGGUGCGCGCCCAUCACUACCCUGUGGCACUUCGUCGUCUGGGUCAGCUCUUGGGGUCCCAGCCACGACCCCCACCCGUGGAGCAGGCCACACUGCAGGACUUGAGUCAACUCAUCAUCCGAAACUGCCCCUCCUUUGAUCCUCACACCGUCCACGUGUGUCUGCACCUUGCAGUCUUACUUGGCUUCCCGUCAGAUGGGCCCCUGAUGUGUGCCCUGGAGCAGGAGAGAAGGUUCCGCCUCCCUCCGAAGCCACCUCCCACUCUGCAACCCGACCUGUGCGGUGGGCAAAGAUUGGAAGCUGCUCUGAGCUGCCCUCGUCUCCUGAGGCGUCCCCGACAGCAUCUCAUCCGCAGCCUGGCAGAGGCCAGGCCGGAGGAACUGACUCCCAACGUGAUGGUGCUCCUGGCCCAGCACCUGGCCCGGCACCGGUUGCGGGAGCCCCAGCUUCUGGAAGCCAUUGCCCACUUCCUGGUGGUCCAGGAAGCCCAGCUCAGCAGCAAGGUGGUGCAGAAGUUGGUCCUGCCCUUUGGGCGGCUGAACUACUUGCCCCUGGAACAGCAGUUUAUGCCCUGCCUUGAGAGGAUCCUGGCUCGGGAAGCAGGGGUGGCUCCCCUGGCUACUGUCAACAUCUUGAUGUCACUGUGCCAGCUGCGGUGCCUGCCCCUCAGGGCCCUGCACUUUGUCUUUUCCCCAAGUUUCAUCAACCACAUCAGCGGCACCCCUCACGCCCUGAUUGUGCGGCGCUACCUCUCCCUGCUAGACACGGCCGUGGAGCUGGAGCUUCCGGGAUACCGGGGUCCCCGCCUUCCCCGAAGGCAGCAAGUGCCCAUCUUCCCCCAGCCACUCAUCACUGACCGUGCCCGCUGCAAGUACAGUCACAAGGAUAUAGUGGCAGAGGGGCUGCGCCAGCUGCUAGGGGAAGAGAAGUACCGACAGGACCUGACCGUGCCUCCAGGCUACUGCACAGGUGAAUUCCCGCGGGCAGGUGGCUGGCCGGGAUACAGAGCCUUGGCUGGAAGCCAGUGGCCCUCUCUCUCCCCCCCUCCAGACUUCCUGCUGUGUGUCAGCAGCUCUGGUGCUGUGCUUCCCGUGAGGACCCAGGACCCCUUCCUACCUUACCCUCCCAGGUCCUGUGCCCAGGGCCAGGCUGCCUCCCAGUCCACUACCCACGACCCUGCCCAGAGGGUGGUGCUCAUGCUGCGGGAACGUUGGCAUUUCUGCCGCGAUGGCCGAGUGCUGCUGGGCUCCCGGGCCCUACGGGAGCGGCAUCUGGGCCUGCUGGGCUACCAGCUCCUGCCGCUACCCUUCGAGGAACUGGAGUCACAGAGAGGCCUGCCCCAGCUCAAGAGCUACCUGAGGCAGAAGCUCCAGGCCUUGGGCCUCCGCUGGGGGCCUGAAGGGGGGUGAGGGGCAUGCACAUGGGUCUCAGGAUGACCCCCCCAAUAGGGGGGUGGACAAUUUGCACUUUGGCUUUCUAUAUUUUGGUUUCUCAUUAAAGUCCCUUUCCUUCCCCA